AAUCAAAAUUAAUGCAAAAAAAAUCCAUGAUGAACAAAAUACCAAGCUAUUAAAUAGAGAGACUGGAACCCUAUAUUUGCAUACCUUAGCUCACCCAGGAUACCAGCACUUGUUGUUCCAAUAAAAGUUUAUUUCAAACAUUAGGCCGCCAGUCUACAGGCUGUAGUUUAACGAGUUGAUUUUUUUUUAAUAUUAAAAUAUUUUUAAAGGUCGAAAACACUAUCUUGAUUACGGAAUUUUGGGCACCCUUAAAUUCUGCACCAGUAAGUGCCUCACUCACCUCACCCUCGACCUAGACUGAAUUUUAUGUAUGAAGAACAUGAAACUGUAUACGUUUUACAAAACAAAUCAGCGCCCAAUAAUUCUUAGCUUAUAAUAAAUUCCUUCCAAGUUGAUGCGCAACGCUGCGUAUGAUCAACCACUCUUGGAACUGGCCCUUAAAACCCUUUGCCUCGUUGUCUCCCAUGAGCACUUGCGCCCUCCAGCUUCAAUGUAUCCCAUGGUGCCCUGCGCCUUUCCGGCUACAACUUCGCAGCUCUGCCCCUUCCGGCGCAUACUCGAUCAUGGCGCAGGGACAGCGCAAGUUCCAGGCGCGGAAGUCGGGGAAGAGCAAGACCGCGGCGGCUUCGGAACGAAACCGGGGCCCGAGGAAGGGAGGUCGUGUUAUCGCCCCUAAGAAGGCGCGCAUCGUGCAGCAGCGAAAGCUCAAGAAGGACCUGGAGGUUGGGAUCCGGAAGAAGAUAGAACAUGACGUGGUGAUGAAAGCCAGCACCAGCCUACCCAAGAAGCUGGCACUGGUGAAGGCCCCCGCCAAGAAGAAGGAGACAGCUGCCUCCUCCUCCUCCAUCAAGACACCUUCCUAAACACUUGGCCCAGCGGAGACUGUCACUGCAGCCCCCGCCUCCAUGCUCAGACCUCUGCAGGUGACCCCAUGGGCAGCACUGUGGACAGGAGGAGCCCUGUUCCCAAGAGCCUUGGGUUGCAGCUCUAGCUUCUGGGUAGUGGGGUGGCCUUGCUUGAGCAGGCAACCAGCACAUCCAUAGUGCAUGGCUUCCCUGGGUUCUGACAGCUUAGCAAUGGCCCCGAGCACACAUUUACCUUCCCAGUUCCUGUGUCCACUGGUUUAACCUGGAGCAAUAAACUUCGCUUUGUCAUUGC